AUGAAUGACCCCACUAUGUUGCAACAAAUGUCAAGCAACCCUAUGCUUUUAAACCGAGUUAUUGGUGCACAGAGUGGAGGUUUAAGAGCGGCACUUUUAGCGAAAAUGGCAGGCUAUGGUGGAGCUGCAGACGGAACAGCUUAUAACCCUCAAAGUCAAAUGAAUUUGAGUUCACUCAAAAAUCAAAUAACAGAUGUCAAAAAGUCAAACAUAGACAUACAGAAACAAAUAAGUGAAAACGAAAAGAAACUAGAAUAUGACAGACACACAAAGAAACUCAAUGAGUUAAACGUAGAGAAAAAGAAGAAAGAAGAACAACUGAAAGAACUAAGUACAGAGGAAUAUGCGAAAAAAGUGUCAGAAAAAGCAGCAGAAGUAGCAAAAAUGGAACAAGAUGUUAUAAAUUUGAAAAACCAUACUACUCAAUAUAAAGUACUGAAAGAUGAAGAGAUAAAACAAAAAGCCAUGAAGACAUAUAUGGAUAGCGAUGAGUAUAAAAAAGAAGUUGAAGCAAAUGUAAAGGCAGAAAAACUUUUACAGUUGCAAAACCAAACCGUACAGUAUGAAAACUUAG